AUGCCCAGUACGGAGCCGGUUGCUCCAUCAACGACGGAAACAACUGUUUCUACAACCGUGCCGUCCGGUGGUACGGAUAAAUUUAGCUGUAAAAGCGUUGGACGCCAACCGGAUCCAAGUCAACCCGAUUGCACGAAAUACAAAUACUGUCUGCUGACAGCAACGAACGAGUUCUUAGAGUACACUUUCUACUGCCCUGAAGGCACCUAUUUUGAUCCAACAAACUUUAGAUGUUCAAUCAGUUACAAUUGCCCACCUCCACAAACCACAAUUUCUACCAAAGCUGCCGCGGAGCCAACCGUGGCAACGCCAUUCGUUUGUACCACCAAUGGACGGUAUUCGAAUCCAUUAUCGACAGGUUGUGUAGCUUACAUAAUGUGCCUGGUUACGGCUACGGGGGAUGUUCUGCAGUACAAUUUUGAGUGUCCAAGCGGUUAUAGGUUCAACCCGACUGAAGCGAAAUGCGCUUCCGAUUAUGUCUGCGUAUAA